UGUCCCUGCCCAAAAUCCAUGCCGAGUUCCCUCACCUGCGCCCAGGACCCUCCUGCCACUCUGGACACAGUUGGCCUGGUGGACCAGAGGCUGGGAAAUGCAGGGACCUCCGGUUCUGCCCCCAUCUUGGAAGACGGGGAUGUGGACCCCUGGGCCCUCCCUCAGCUAAAGGACACUGGCCAGUCCUGGAAAGAGCUCAGCAUGGCCGGCAGGGUGCUCCAGGGGGCUGCUGGCUUCCUCAAGGUCUGUGGGCUCCUGGGCAGCCUCUACCUCUUCAUCUGCUCCCUGGACAUCCUCAGCUCUGCCUUCCAGCUGCUAGGCAGCAAAGUAGCUGGAGACAUCUUCAAGGACAACGUGGUGCUGUCCAACCCUGUGGCUGGACUGGUCAUCGGCGUGCUGGGCACGGUCCUCGUGCAGAGCUCCAGCACGUCCUCCUCCAUCGUGGUCAGCAUGGUGGCCUCCAAGCUGCUGACCGUGAGGGCAUCUGUGCCCGUCAUCAUGGGCGUCAACGUGGGCACAUCCAUCACCAGCACCCUGGUCUCGAUGGCACAGUCGGGGGACCGGGACGCGUUUCGGAGGGCCUUCGGCGGCUCAGCCGUGCACGGCAUCUUCAACUGGCUCACGGCGCUGACCCUGCUGCCGCUGGAGAGCGCUGCGGCCCCCCUGGAGAGGCUCAGCGCACUGGCCCUGGGCGCUGCCAGCCUGCAGCCCGGGGGGCACGCACCUGACAUCCUCAAGGUGCUGACACGGCCGCUCACACGCCUCAUCGUGCAGCUGGACGCUGAUGUCAUUACGGGCAGCGGCACAGGCAACGCUACCAACAGUAGCCUCAUUAAGCGAUGGUGUGGCACCGAGGCGCAGACGACCGCAGGUAACAGCAGCACCUGUGCGGCGGCCACUGGGGGCCCCUGCCCUGCGAGGAACAGCUCUGCCACCGAGGAGCAGCUUCCCUGCCGCCACCUGUUCGAGGGCACAGCGCUCGCGGACCUGGCCGUGGGCUUCAUCCUGCUGGCUGCCUCCCUGCUCAUGCUCUGUGCCUGCCUCGCCCUCAUCGUCAAGCUGCUCAGCUCCACUCUGCGGGGCCGCGUGGGCCAGGCCGUGAGCACCGUCGUCAACGCUGACUUCCCCUCCCCAUUCGGCUGGCUCAGCGGCUAUCUGGCCAUCCUCGUGGGGGCCGGCCUGACCUUCGCACUCCAGAGCAGCAGCGUCUUCACUGCAGCCAUCGUGCCGCUCAUGGGGGUCCGGGUAAUCAGCCUGGAGCGGGCGUACCCCCUCUUCCUGGGCUCCAACAUCGGCACCACCACCACGGCCCUGCUGGCUGCCCUGGCCAGCCCUUCGGAUAUGCUGAUCAGCGCCGUCCAGGUCGCCCUCAUCCACUUCUUCUUCAACCUGGCUGGCAUCCUGUUGUGGUACGUGGUGCCCGUCCUCCGGCUGCCCAUCCCACUGGCCAAGCGCUUUGGGGACCUGACUGCCCGCUACCGCUGGGUGGCCGUCGCCUACCUGCUGCUCAGCUUCUUGCUGCUGCCGCUGGCCGCCUGCGGGCUCUCCCUGGCGGGGAGUACAGUGCUGGCUGCAGUUGGGGGGCCCCUGCUUGUGCUGGUACUCCUCAUCAUCCUGGUCGCCGUCCUGCAGCGGCACCGGCCAGCCUGGCUGCCCCGCCGCCUGCGCUCCUGGGCCUGGCUGCCCCUGUGGCUCCGUUCUCUGGAGCCCUGGGACCGCCUGGUGAGCCGCUGCUGCCCCUGCAAGGCCUGCAGCCCCCCUCAGGCUGCGGCCAAGGAGGCCCACUGCUAUGAGAACCCCGAGGUCCUGGCCUCCCAGCAGUUGUGAAGAGCGGACGUCCCCACCCCCGUUGACCUCUGGGUGCCCUGAGGGAUCCUAGUGGCUGCGGACAUCUGCAUCACCUGCAUCACCUUCUUUGCAAAUAAACAAGCCUG